UGUGCUAGAUCGUUAUUCUGAGCUUGCUUUGACUCUUUUUUUUUUAUUCGGUUUCUCUUCGACCUCGCUCGCAGAGGAACAACGCUUGUGGAAUGGUCCCAUGGUGUAUCGGUCUACGCACGUGAUACGGCCAGGAUGUGGUUGACCCGCUGACCAACCGGAUGUCACCUAUCGCUGUGAUAAAGUCGCGGGCAUUGAAUGGCCUGGUGGUACCAGUAAGCGGUCGACUGGGCAUUUCCACGUGCAGUUUUUCGUUUACGGAAGAAUUUUGUUUGUUCAGUUUGAGACUUCGAGUUGUCGAAUUUUCAUGGUGUAAAGUCAGGUUCACAUGGACGCCGAUUGUGGUAUUUGAUUCGCGUGUGGAGGGAGCUUAAGUGGUUUUGAAAGCGGAUCCGAGGAGCGUCCGCAGCCUAAAAUGAUGGAGAACAGGGACAGAUCGACCGAGUGGGCAUUGCUCUUCCCUUUGAAGGCCGGUUUGUUCGCCAUGAGGUCAUCCAUAUCGUCAAAAAGUGUAAACCGGGAGAAGGAACGAUUUCUCAAAGAGAAAUGUGCUCAGUCACGGCACAGGAUACGUCGUGGCUCAUCCCUGUCGGAUCUUGACAAACUUCAGAGCAGCGGAACACUUCCGGACAUCGUGAGGUCGACGGAAAAAGGUUCCGAGUCCGUGCCGCACUCGCCGGCCCUGUCCAGGACCAAUCUUCAGCUGGCCAAUCAGGUCCGGGGCAGCAUCGGGGACCUGAUGAACUUGAAAAAAUAUGGCGGAUCCAAUUGGAGCGUUCGUAGCGAGACUCUGAUCGCCAAGGUGGUACCACUUAGUACGGUUACCCCGAAGAGUCCGCCGAUCGAACGUGAACCGGAAGACCUCGAGCUCGAUCUUCGGGAAAAUUUGGCUCCUGACGAAUUUCGUGAUAGCGAGCCGCUAACCUGCGCUCAGAGGACUCAGCGACUGAGCAGACUUAUCAGAAGGCAACGGGCCACUACGGUGCUCAGCCCCUGCGCUCUCAAAAAGAACCUCUGUUGGGCAUAUCUUGAUCGAGCGAUACCUACAUCAGAGUUGAAGUUCAUUCGAGGAAGAAAUAUAUAAAAUUGGGAAAAAAAUGUAUUGAUAAAAAAAGCUGAUUAUAUGCUUGGAUUUUUAAAUCCAGCUGUUACUGUACAAACGAAAGACGAUUCGAAGUAUAACGA